UACUUCAGAGUCGCUGUUGGUAUCUGGUAUCUUUGAAUGAACACUACUACUUAUCCCCCGAGUGGCGCGGUCUAUAUAUAUACCCAUCUCAACCUACGCGAAGCCACGAUGCAAGAAGUUUACGUCAUCAACCUUGAGAGCACCGUUGAUGUCCCACUCCCGUCCCAGGGCGCCCCGCAGACUGCUGAAACGGAGGAACGAUGUCGACGCGCAAAACGCCAUUCCUCACCAAUCGCCCCCCUCGGCUUUCCCACGGGCCACAACCGCAGGCGACCGCGUCGUUCCAACGAUCGCCUCUGUUUUCUCAGGCGCACCUACGGAGGAGCUGCACGCAGACCGCGUGCCGCGCGCAGGCGGAGACAUUUUUCAGGACGUAGCAAGGUGGUCCAUUGGCUCUGAUUUUGGUCCUUACUCUUUCGAUCCUGCUCUGAAGCACGUGAAAAUGGAUGGCACACCAGCUCCUCCACGAGUCAACCUGGUACGGACAAAGACAGUAACCGUCAACACCCACUGGGAGAAGAACAUGGACCUCGAUGACGAGCUGCACAACCCAAGUACGGUCGCUGACGAAGGCUCAUCCUUCGAUUGGACAUCUGGACGAGGAUGGGCAAAUUCCAUCGCAUUGGGUCUUCUUCUGGGCGGUCUUGUCGCGUUGUUCCUCGGAUAUCCUCUGAUCCUGUUCUACACUCGUCCACCACGGAUACCUGGGCUGGAUUCAGGCUUGGGCAAUGGGACCGACAAAAUUCCGAGCAUGCCCAAUUUCCCCAAGCUGAUUGACGAAGAUUCUCCAUCGUCAGCACGGACGUUCUCCAGCCCGGAUGGGCAGCAGUACCAGCUAGUGUUCAGUGACGAGUUCAAUGUAGAUGGGAGGUCGUUCUAUCCAGGAGAUGAUCCCUGGUGGGAAGCCGUUGAUCUGCACUAUUGGCCGACGGAUGAUCUGGAAUGGUAUGACCCUGAGGCUGUCACGACUAAGGGCGGGAAUCUCGUCCUCACAAUGUCGGAGCUGAACAAUCACAACCUGUCCUAUCAGAGCGGGAUGCUGCAGUCAUGGAACAAAGUCUGCGUCAAUGGAGGUUACAUCGAAGUCUCGGUCAGUCUCCCCGGCUCGCCUUCGCAAGUCGGCUUCUGGCCAGCCGCGUGGACGAUGGGCAACCUCGGUCGCGCUGGAUACGGAGCAACGACUGAAGGAAUGUGGCCUUAUACCUAUGACAGCUGUGAUUGGGGAACUCUCCCGAACCAAACGACGGCCACAGGACUGCCGGCAGCAAUUCAUGAUGAGAUGCUGAGCUUCCUGCCGGGGCAACGGGCGUCCGCUUGCACAUGCCCAGGCUCUGAUCACCCUGGUCCCUCCACCUCAGUUGGGCGAGGAGUGCCUGAGAUCGACAUUCUGGAGGCUCUCACGGAGGUCAACGGCUCCAGUUAUCGUGGGCAGAUAUCACAAAGCACGCAAAUCGCACCUUAUAACGACCAUCGGUGGUUCGACAACUCGACCACCGUCACGACAAUCCAGAACGCAAGCAUUACGAAGUUGAACCAUUAUCUCGGCGGGCAGUACCAGCAGACAGUCUCAGCGCUGAGUUACAUCGAGGACGAAUUCUAUGGCGCGCAGGCGUUCGCUACUUAUGGGAUCGAGUGGUUUUCGGAUCCUACGGACCGAGAGAAGGGAUUCAUGAAUUGGUAUAGCAAUGGGCAGAAGACGUGGGGGAUCACGGCAGCUAGCAUCGGUCCGGACUCCAUCGCAAAUGUCUCUGCUCGCUUGAUCUCAGAAGAGCCUAUGUACAUCAUCCUCAACCUGGGCAUGUCGCCCACGUUCCAGCCGCAGAACUUCAGUCAGCUGGUCUUUCCUGCUACUAUGCUCGUGGACUACGUUCGGGUCUAUCAGUCGCCUGGUGCGAAGAAUGGACUGAGCUGCGAUCCGCCGAAUCGCCCCACAGCUGACUACAUUGCCCAGCACUCAGAAGCGUACACGAAUGCAAAUCUGACGACAUGGGCUCAAGCAGGGCACACGUUUCCCAGGAAUAGCCUACUGAAUGGCUGCUAGCACUGGGAGUGUGUCAUAUGUACUUUAAUU